UACAUGCCUGUCGCAAGGCUGACGUUCUUGCAAGAGGGAUUUUCCAUGGUGGGUUUAAUAUAUAGCUAACAAUGAGCGGGUGCAUAUUACCGCCUUCACCUAGCUGGUACUGCAGCAAAAUUAGUGACAACAAUGAGGCGGGGAUAUUUAUAUAUGGUGCUAGAAACAGCCUCCAUCUCCUGGACACUAAUGUUCGACCCCCUCGGUUCGUAGGGGACAUUCAGCACGCGCACGGGGACCGAGUCACAGGACUGUCUCUGUGCAAGCAUGCGGGCCUGAGACACCUCUGCAGCAGUAGUGGGGACGAUGGCAAGGUGAAGAUAUGGAGUUUGGAAUCCAAGACAUGCUUGCACGAGCACCGUUUACACGAUAAAAACAAAGUGACGUGUGUGGACUGGUCAGUGGUGAAGGAUGACCUGGUCAUCAGUGGAGAUGACAGAGGGGGUCUGGUUUGUUGGAACUACACCUCUGGGUAUCAUAAGAGGUUCACACCAGAGGGCAGCAUAAUCUGUUGUCUAACUGCUUCACCACAUGAUUUAAGACAUGUAGCCGCUGGCUACAAAAGUGGUCUAAUUCUGCUGGUAGAUAUCUCUCAGAAUGGAGCCAUACUACACAGACUGCGAGGUCAUGAUGAUGAGGUUCAUUGUGUUGUGUGGUGUCCUACUCUUGGGGAAGAGGUGGGAGACAACUGGAGGAUAAAUGAAACAGAAAAUGGGGACACCAGCGAUGCAGACCCCCCUACAGACCAAGGCUGUUUGCUGGCGUCUGGCAGUAGAGACAGGACAAUACGGCUUUGGAGCACCACCAGGGGGCGACAGGUCAGUCUGCUGAGGCUACCGUCCAGUCAUGGUCAGCGCAGAGACAAAGGCGAAGACUGGGGCAGGACGAGGGUGUGGCUGACCAUAUACUGGCCAAAGUGCUGGCCACUGCAGCUUGUAUCUAGCACUCAGAGUGGCGACCUGCUACAUUGGACGCCAUUUAGUUCUCAGAAACAAAAAUGGCAGCCACUGAACCAUAAGGAGGCCGGAGGACACAACCGUAUUGUGUUUAAUAUCUGCUGUGGUGGAGUGGAUAUGGAUACUCUUUGUACGAUAUCCAUGGAUAGACAGAUUGUUGUGUGGUCGUUAAGAGACCUAUGCUCUGUACAGAGUAUUCCGACUUUAGGGGGUUUUGCCUACAAUGUCGCUGCCUCUCCAGUGGAUCCAAGUCGCGUUGCCAUUGGUGUUGGAGACCAAAUGAUACGAGUGUGGAACACUGGUAACCCUGGUAACCCGUACGACUACCUGUUACUGUGGCAAGGGAUUAGAGGAAAAGUUACUGCUCUGAGUUGGCACCCAGACAGGGAGGGGGUUCUAGCUUAUGGCACUGAUGACGGCAGAGUAGGCAUAUAUGAUGUCUUGUCUAAUAGGCCUCCUCUAGUGUCUAAUACAUACCACAAGAAGACAGUCUAUGUGGUCUCAUGGGGACCUGCAGUUCAGCAAACAGAUCCCAUCAAAGUGCUCCAUGCAGUGUACAGUGUUGGUGAUGGUGUGAUUUUACAACAUGACCCCCACAAGCUGGAUACGCCGGCCCUGCAACUCAAUGAUGAGAUAGCCAGGGUGAAUGGAGACAGGAAAUUUCCAAUUCGCAGUGAAAUAAGUUGGAAGUCAGACUUUUCUGUGGUGGCCAUUGGGAAUGAUGAUGGGUCAGUGGAAGUGUACCAGACCUCCUCACUGAAGCUGUUAUGUACAGUCCAAGUACACAGAAAACUGAUCAACUGUGUCCGCUGGCAUCCCCAGCACGUAGGUACCACCAGCAGCCCUUCCCCCUACAGACACUGGCUGGCUUGUGGCUCCAAUGAGUCCGUGAUUCAUGUCUGCGAUCUUGGGAAUAUUUUGGAAAGCACAGAGGAUCCACCACCUGCUCCAGUGUGUAUAACUGAUAGUUUCUGCCAGUUAGAGGACCACAGCGGUCGAAUCACUGGACUUUCAUGGAGUCUUCACACAGACGCUAUGUUGGUGUCGGCUUCAUAUGAUGGAACUGCAAAGGUAUGGAAUGUCCUGAAGAGGGAGCCAGUGGCAUGUUACACAGGUCACAAUGGUCGUCUGCUCACUGUGUUGUGGAGCAGUGUGGACUGUGAUGUCAUAUUUAGUGGAGGGGAUGACUUUGCCGUCCACCAGUGGAAACUGUCUGAGUGGGAGGGGCAUGAAGAUAAAGGAGGGCCUCAGAAAAGAAAGAAAUAUAAAAGCAAAGGUAGAAAUCAUCACAGCAGCCAGAACCAUAGAGCAGAAAUCUCUGAUUCUCCAAGGGAGCCUUCUUCCAGUAAUACUCAAAAUGAAAUUUCCACACAGGAUACCAAUGUGCCUAAGUCACAUUCUGUAGAUGUUUCUGAAGUGGAAGAGCUACAAAAGAUGUUAAACGAGAAGAGAAAACUUCUAGAAGAGCAACAACGAGUGGAGGAAGGGAGUAAUGACCAAUCAGGAAGAAUGAAUGUGGUGGAAGACAAAGGGCAACUGUUGUCUGCCAUAUUUGGCUCAGCUGCUGCUGCUGCAGGAGAGGGUACAGUGGUGCCACCUACACAUUUGAUAAAUAGAACAGUGAUUCCCAGUAUAGACCACAAGGACAGGAAGAAGAGGAAGCCCAAGUCCCUGUUCCCUGUGUCAGGGGCUGCCGAAAACAGAAGCAAGGGGGCAGCACAGGAGGACUGUGUGCACCUGGCAAAGCAGAUGUGGGGAAAAGCUCCAGAAGAUGCCAAGGUUGACACCAAUCAUUUAGGACUGUACCUUGACAGACCCCAGGUGUAUGUGCUGCUGAGGAAGGAAGGUGAUCACCAUGUGUCUCAAGGUUAUAUAGAUGGUUAUCUUCAGCUGGAGGUUUGGAAGGGAAACGUGUCUGGAGCCUUGAAAUAUGCUGCAGAACAUGCUGUCCUCUCGGACUGGUUGAUGUCCAUAGCACCCAUGGCUUCCAAGCGGACAUAUUUGGAGCUAUGUGAGGUAUAUGCUCAGCAGCUGGAGAAGGAAGGGAACUACCAUAAGGCCGCCUCUUACUACCUAGCCUGUCAUAAGGUCUAUGAAGCAAUUGAUAUGUUGAAGAGGAAUCGGCUGUUCAGGGAGGCAGUUGCCUUGGCCAAGUUACGCCUCUCUCCGUCAGAUCCACUGCUCUCCAGUCUGCAGGAAUCCUGGGGGAGACAUCUUGCUAAAGAUGGCAGCUAUGAACAGGCUGCAAAAUGCUAUUUGGCACUGAAGCAGCCUCUUGAAGCAGCAAAACUAAUGGCACGGCGAGCAGACCACUCUGGAUUGGCUGCUGCAGCCCAUGUGACCAUAUCAGCCAAUGAGAUUGAAGCUGGGAUGGUGUAUGCCCAGCGCUAUGUACAAGAGUGCUUGGCAGUCUGUGACUGGGCUUCUGCAGUAAUGUUCUCAAAGUCUGCUGAACAGUUUACAGUUCUGGCCUUGUUUGUGACAAUGCAUGAAGCUGUCUUGAGGUUUCUUGUCAACCAGAAAUGUCUGGACAGGAAUUAUCUGAAGAAGUCAUGUCCAGGUGGUUUACUGACCACAGAGGCACUGGAGCAUGAGGAACCAAGAAAAGGUGAUGGUGGCUUUCCUCAGUGGUGCACUGUUCUGAUUGAAGGAGAAACUUUUAUGCAGUAUUUUACCAACCUGCUGAAAGCAAAGAUUUUACCUGAGUCUCUGGAAGAGUCUGGUGGUUGGAGAGAUGUAUAUGAACAACUGAUGAAGUGGAGGGCAGUGAAACAGGGACAACUGUCCACUUUACAGUUUCUCAUCCAUGUUGCUUUGGAAACAACUCUGGGAAUUCUCGCUCUACAGUGGGGAGAUCUGGAAGUGGCGAGUGGGCAUUUCUUAGAAGUUUUAGCUGGAGCCUAUGAGCUAGGCCAUGUAGACAUAAUGAUAGAGCUGUGCAGAAUGCUGUUUCCUCAAGGAAAGCUUACAGUGGGAGGGGCGAAGGUCACUCAGCCAAAGUCUAACACUAACACUUCUCUCAAAGAGAUGGUUCAGUCAGCACUUGACGGAGGAGAUAAUGAUAUUACAGCCAGCAGACAGGCAAAGAAUAUCUCCCCAGAGCUGUUCCACACAAGCAGGCAAGAAUGCAGUACACAAGACAGUCUGAAUGCUUUCAUUGCCUUGUCCAUUCUCCUUGAUGUGUGGUGGAAAAAUGCUGCGAACUGCACUGCCAGGAAUGUAGUGUCUGGACACGUAGAAAACGGGGAAAUGGACACUGUUUAUGCAUCUCCUUUCCCUGAUAACAAAAAUUUCAGUCAAAAUGUUGAAGAGGAAAGGCCAGCAAGAUCUGAAAAUGGUGAUAUUGAUGACACUGGGUUAUCUAUUAAUUGUACAGAAAAUGGCAAGGAGUCAAUUUCAUCUAGUCUUCAGUAUAGUGCAAAAGCAGAGUGCAAUAACAGUUUUUCAGUACAAAAUUCAGAUCACUUAGAUCUUCUUGAUGGCAAGGUUUUGCAAGAACUUUGUCAAGCUUUAUUGUGGGAUGUCCAUGCAGCUAGAAACAAAUAUAAUUACCGUUUGAUGGAGAUUGAAAAAACAUUGGCCAAAAAUACUUCUGGAAAAAAGGACAAUCAAGAUAUGACGACAGAUUUACACAAAGAAGGCUCUGAGUUGGAAGGUGCGGAAAGUGUUGAAUGUGCUGAAAAUAACAGAACUAUGAGAACAGAAACCUGUAGUGUUGUUACCAAAAGUGAAUUGGAGAUAAUUGAUAAUGAAGGGAAUAUGCAUCCCUCUGGUAGUGAUGCUGAGACCAUUAUAAAUGGUACUGAUGAGAAAGAUGGACCUAAGUGUGUUAGGUGUGACAGGGCUGAUUGUGUUGGAUGCGAUAAUGACACACCCAAUGCAACUGAUGACAUUAGUUCAAAAGCUAUUGGGAUGUCUUUACCAGAACCGGGUAUUGAAGAACACUUAGUAAAAGAUGAUCAAAUUCAUGGAAUAGAUGGAAGUAAGGUUAACUCUGCAAAUGGAGGAAUGGUGGACACAGUCCAGUCGGAAGAGAAAGAACUGAAAAAGAUGUUGGAAAGAUUGCCUGCUCUUCCUAAGAAUUUGACAUUCCCAGACCCAGUUGAAUCUGCCCUGAUCAUCUCCUACAUGCUGAAACAACAAUACAGCUCCCAGCCCAGUGAGAGGACUGCUGUCAUUGGCUGGGCUAAACAGUAUGCUGUUACAACAGAAACAGUGAACCUUCUGGAUAAAUUGUUGUGGCAAGCUGCAGAGAUUGUGCACAAAGAAUUUUAGAACAGGAAAUUUCAGUUUCGGUCUUGAGCAGUUUUGUUGCCAGAUUUAUGAAAGUGAGCCCAAAAAUAAAAUUAAAAAAAAACAGGAAGAAAACCUCUCUAAUGUUGAGUUCAGAAUGACUAAAAAUUAACAUUAAGAUGAUAUUGAAAGACUUGCAACUUAUCUGAAAUAAUAAAAAAAUCAUCAUAUGUA